GCAGGAGGGGGGUGAAGGAGAGAGCGGGCGGGCUCUCCGCCUCCGCCUCCUCUCUGCACCGUGCACGCCCACUGCGUGUGUAUGAGUGUGUGUGAGAGAGCCAGCGCGCACACACACAUACACACACACACACACACACACACACACACACACACACACGCACGCGCGCGCUCGCGGGGCGGGGAAGCCUGGCUCUGCUAGGAGAGCGGAGCGGCGUCGGUCACUCCCAGGACUUCGUUCCGUUCCCCGGCUCUCCUUGGGCUCCGGCUCCCGAGGGCGGCGCGCCCCGAGGCACGCAGGCGGCUCGCAGGCUUGCUCCCACCCACCGUCCCUCCCCUCCGGGGACAGGAUGAGGGGGCUCGUUCCGCUGACAGCUCGCCAGCGUUUGUGAAGCCGGAGGAGGACGGAGGGGAGAGCCGCACGCCCUUUCUCCUGCCCGCCGGGACACGAGCAAGAGAAGGAGCCAUGAAGCCCGCUCCGUGGAGGAUCCUCCUCUCGCUGCUGCUGUGGCUUCUGCUGGAGUGUACAGAGGCCAAAAAACAUUGCUGGUAUUUUGAAGGAAUAUAUCCGACAUAUUAUAUAUGCCGCUCCUAUGAAGACUGCUGUGGGUCAAGAUGCUGUGUGCGGGCUCUGUCCAUACAGAGGCUCUGGUAUUUUUGGUUUCUUCUGAUGAUGGGUGUUCUCUUCUGCUGUGGAGCUGGCUUCUUCAUUCGCAGGAGGAUGUACCCUCCACCACUAGUUGAAGAACCAACAUUUAAUGUAUCCUACACCAGGCAGCCCGCUAACCCAACAGCAGGAGCCCAGCAACCAGGCAUGCCAUAUUACACUGACCCGGGAGGAGCUGUGAUGAACCCAAUGGCGAUGGCUUUCCACGUCCAGCCCAACUCACCCCAGGGCACCCCAGUUUACCCACCUCCACCCUCCUACUGCAAUACGCCACCUCCCCCCUAUGAACAGGUGGUCAAGUCCUCCAAGUAGUGGUGAUGGAAGGUCAGGUGAUUUGACGCUGUAGGAAGAAGGCACCGUGGGGUAGUCACGGGAGCUGAGGGAGGGGGCCUCAGCAUUUCUGAGAUACUUGUCCUUCUACCCUCCCUGUCCCCAUCAACGUUAGUCACAAGGAAUGAUCUUAUGGGCUGCCUGUGGGUCCAUUUUCCUUUGAUGUCUUCAAAGCAAGCACAAUGCCCCUUCCGAGGGUUUUAUGGAGACCUCUCUUUUAAAGUCACAUUGUGUGUGUUCGUGUUUUCUGUUUAUUUAUUGUUUCUGUUUCCCAGGCUGUUGAGGCGCUGGGACUGAGUGUGGUAGUUGUUCGGGGGUUUGUCAGAGCCACAAGACACUUCGGCCGUGCCCUUGGGGCAGCACCACUCAGUGGUCAUCGGCAGACCCGGGAGGAGGAAACACAGAUCUAUAGGGAAAGCUAGUCUAAACAGAAUAGCAUGGGAGGUCCUGGGAGGGAACAGAUCUUUCUUUCUUUCCUGGUUUGAAGGGCAGAAAGGGAACAACUUAAAAAGAUGGGGCCUAGCAUUUCCGUGACAAGCUUUGUUCUGCUGGACAGAAAGGUUCCUGACUUCAGGAAUACUCAGGUCCCACUCAACUCAACCCCCGACCUACCCACUGGUGGAGAGACAAGAUAUGUUGGGAUCACCUGUUGGCAGUGGCUCUCCUGUUAGUGAUUCUCCCUUUCUUGCGUUGAUGUCCAAGGCAUUCAUGCUUCUUACUUCUGAGAGUGGGAAGAGGGAAGACGAGGAUAUCCAUCUUAAGAAGCCUCUAUGUCACUUCACCAGCUAUAUUAACACCCCAAACAUUUCAAUCUAGAUGUGGAAGGAGACUAAAGAGCUAGUAGGUCAUAAUUCAUGUAGCGUAAAGAUCAGGACGAAAUGAACUGCUCACUCAUAGCCCGAGGUUCUCCAGAAAUCACUAAGGGAUUUGGGAAUUCCUAGAAAAACUGUUUCUGGCACUCAGCCAUAGGUAACGGUAAUGUGUUUUUAAAACCAGUGAAUUUAGGGGAAACAGCUUCCCAUCGCCUAGGGCAUAUUAGAAGGGCCAUUCCCAUGGGAUGAAGACAAUGAUGACCCUAUAACCCCUCAGUAAGAACUAUGGAUCUGAAAGAGAGAGAGCCCUCUCUAGAAUAAUCUUGUGUUGUUUUCCCAGGUCCUCUGCCAGCCAUCCCACCCCUCCCUAUGCUCAAAGGUCCCCAUUUCCUUCCUGGAAGCAGCGCUGUUCUCUGAUAGAUCUCUGGAUAGAAACUGGUCACUCCUGGGUUCAGAGGCAUUUAGUAAAGGGUAUUCUCUGAAACUGUAGAAAAUGACCCCCUGAUGUUUUUUAAAUAAUUUUUAUUCACAGAAUUUGUUUUUACAUCACCUACAUUUCCCAAUGAAUCCUCCCUCCCCACAAGAGCUAUCAAAGAAUAGAAGGAAAGCUAACCAAUGUACUGAAAAAAGUCUGAUUUUAUAUGCAAUAUUCCACACUCAUAGUCUCCCAUCUCUGCAAAGAAGUGGUCCCAUCGUGUUUUAUAUGUCUUUUGAAAGCAAAUAAUCAAAUUCUACCAAGUAGGGACAUUCCCUGAGAAAACUCCCUUCCCUAUCUUGUCACCCUGAGUGAACCCUAACUGAGGGCUGAACAUUUCUAUUUCUUACAUUAAUUUUCCUGGGAGCCUGUGACUACCCCAUCAUGCAAACACAAAAACGCCAACUCUGGUGCCCAAGUGUGGACAAUCAGUCAGCCAUUGAAGUCUUAGAGACACAACUAGGGAUCUUGGUGACUGUGAUUAUUUAGCUCAGAGGCACGGGGCUUCAUGGGGAUCUCAGGCCUAGUCCCUAGGGCUCUCAAAUGGAGGAGCUCUAACUGAGAAAGAGAAGAGAAUCCUGAGAUUAUAGGUGGAUUUCUGAAAAGCGCAAAAUCUCUAAGGAUUUUAUUUUCCCGAUAGUUAAGUCAGCGUGAAGCCUGAGGCAGUCCACAUGUGAUUUAAUUCAAUCUCAGGAUAUGCUUCAAAAAGGUGACUCCGUGGGUAAUAAACAUUCACCUUCCUAGACCCUAGUCUCCAAGUCCAGUCCAAGGGGAUGAGGCUCUCAAAAUGUCAUUUUCUAAGGUUAAUGAGGAGAAGUCAACCCAGAUGUUGACCUGAUCUAUCACUUAAUGCCAAAGUGAGACACAGGCCACAGACCACCCCUCCCAUUCACCAGGUAUUUAUUUUUCCUUACACAUGGAAAAUACCUUUUUGAAAUGUUAACUGUAACACGUGAGUAGACAAGCUUCUGAGGUUUAUCCUUUGUAUCCUAGCAAGUAUUCCUAUAUCCAGCUCUCCUUAGGAGUUUCUAACCUUUUUUUGUGUUAGAGACCCCUUCUCAAGAGUAAUUUUUUUUUAAAAAUUCACAAUUUAAGAACUACGUUUCAGUUAGAAGUUACUGAUACUAAAUCUGAUUUUUCCCAUCCAAAAUCACACUGUAUCCCUCCCCCAGAUUAAGAACCCCUGCCUUAUGGGAAUUCUACGUGCAGCAUUGUAUUUUGAGGGGACCCAUAUGUAUCUAAAGCAAAGUCCACUUUUGGAAUCAGAGUGUCUUAGGGAAUUCUGUUUUGACAAAGACAUGCUAACAAAGAGAAGGAAACCCCAGUGGAUGGAGAAGAAAUUUGUCCUACAAGCUUGCUGCCAGGAACCAUGGCCAACCUGGGCUGCUUCAGGUUUCUGGACCCUAGCCAAGAUGCCCCCAGACUCAUAACCUGGAUGUGAAGAAAAGGACUAUACAAGGUUCCCAUCCAAGGAACAAAUCUUUGUGUCAUAAAGCCUACCUUUCUCCUGGUUUACAUGUGCAAAUAUACAGAAAUGCAUAUAGACAGACAUAUGCAUAUUAAUAUUUAUACACACAUAUUUCAAACAAAGAAGCAGUGUCAUCAGGCUGGCUCCAGACCCACACAGUCCAGCUGAAUAGCAAUCAAAGACCCAGAUGGCCAUGAGGGAAGCUUUUUUGGGGGGGAAGGGAGGUGGGGAGGUGGGGGGAUGGGGACAAGAGCCCCAAGAUACUAGAAUAUUGGUGGUGGUCUACAGUUUUCUAUAUUAUUGUAUAUGUGCAAGACAAAAUGUUUUCUCAGAAGCAUGGGGUAGAACCCAGCUACAGUGAACUCUGAUACUGUACAUUGAAAUUCAACUUCUGGGGAAGUUUUCCUGAAGUUCUCAUUUCCUCUGUUAAUGUCGGUGGAUUCUACCCACCUCUUCAUCUUUUAACCUCGAGCUCAGCCUCCUGGUGUGGUGAAAUCAUCUAGUUCCUACCUAGCGACAUGGCAGAAUCCACAGGCGAAACCCCAAAGUCCCUGACAGGUUUUGUGCAUGCUUUUCCUCUGCAAAACUUUUGAUGAUUUCUGUUCCUUUUUUUCUUUCUAUUUUUAGUAAAAGAAUAAUAAAGUACCUUUUGAUAGGGUCCUGUUUCGUAUGUAUGCAAAAUAAAAAUCGAUUUGGGUGUGU